UAGUUAAGAUCACACAGAUGUAGAUUUUCUAGUUAGAAAUCUAGAUCUAUAGAGACUUAGUUUAUUCUAGAUUUAUUAAAUUCUAUACUCUCGAUCUAGAUUUAGCUAGUAUAGAAACUAAGAAAGUAGGUCUAGAUUCUAGUUCUGAGUAGAGAGAUCUGUGCAAGAGUCUAAAUCUAGAUAGAUCUAGAAUAUUAGAUCUAGCUAAUUUCACUAGGUCUAGCUAGACUCUGACGUCCUCAUUUUAACUCGAAUCAUUAUCUUAAGAUUUCGCUUUGUAGUCUAACAAUAAUGGCAGCUCCCAAUGAAGUAAGUUAAUUUCCCGGAAAGAUCAGUUUCAAGCUUAUGCCAUGGUUCCCGGUUUAUCUUACAUACCAGAUAAGAUAGAAGUGGCUGAAAACCCAGCUUUGAUACAUAAAAUACAAACUGAAUUUCUUGAGUUCCUCAUUUGUCUCACUGAUACCUUAAAACUACUGCACCUUAUCAAGCCAAAGCACCUUCGUUGCAUGAAUCCUAUUCCACAAAGUGUUCUGAGAGAAAUGAGAGUUUUUGGUAAUAAAGGGCCUCUGUAUAAAAAGUUUGAUAAACAUACUGGUGGAGCCAUUGUUGGAAUUUCUGCAUCUGCAGACAACUUGUUCAGGAAAGGAAUGAGCACAGCCAGUGGAUUUGUGAACAAAACUAAACCAGUCUUAAAAAAAGAAGGCAUAAAAAAAAAGCCACUGGAGUCAGAUCUCAUUGAGAUUAUAGGAAAGAGAACUAAGCCAUUAUGGCACUCUGUAGCCCUUGACAGGAACCAGGAACAGAACAUGACUCAGUUAUUGGAAGAAAAAUUAGAUGAUCCAAAAGCUGAAAGCUCUCAAAUCAAGCUUCAGAGGGAUAUCAUUAACAAGAAGAAUAUUCCAGUCACAAGGACACGCUCAGAAACUCUGGUUAUAGCUAUCAAAUACUUAAUGCAAACAAAUAUACGCCCGAACGAUGAAGAGUUCCAGCGGCAGAUGGACAUGAUGGCAGCAUCUGAUGCAGGCUUUAAAAGUGUUGAGGAAUACAAAAUUUAUCUUGAGACUCUCCGGCCACAUUGGUAUAAAGAUUUGUUAAAAAGCUGUAUUCAUAUUGGCAUCUACACUGCUAAGGAAAUAAUGGAAGCCUUUGAAGAUUUGGGUUAUUUUUACAACAUGAAUGAGGCUAGUUUAAAUUUGGCAAAGGCUAAACUUUCCUAUCUUGUGUUGUCUUUACCUAUUUGGGACAUUGGACGGAUGGAAGUACAGAGAGUUAUAGAUUUCAUUCUAUACGAGAUCCUGAAAGAAGCCAAGAAUAAAAAUAUUCUUGAAGAGUGGCUUGUUGUCCGAAAGUUGCCUUACGUUGUGAUGCCCGCCAUUCAGUCUGAUGAGCUGAUUGCAAUGAGGGAAGCUCAACAGCAGACCCAGCAAGUCGAGCAGCCAGUACAUCCACAAAGUAAGCUAAAUAGUGCAACAUCUUUAUCAGAGAAAACGGAUAUUGUUAAGGAAGUAGUUGUCCAUAAUGUCUCAUCCAAAACAGCCAAAGGGAAGAAGAAUGCAAAACUAAAGAUUAAGAAAAGUAGUUCUAAAACAAAGCCAGAAAUUUUGUUAAGUGCUUGAGGUGAUAUUUAUUGUUUCACUACUUUUGGUUGUGUUGUUUCCUUUUUGAUGUUUUCUUAUACUUAGUUUGUUGACAUUCAGUCAUCCAAUGCUUAUUGUUGAACUAAAUUCAAGAAUAAGUUAUUUACAGGAAAUCUUUUUAUAAAGGUUGUAAUGUUUUAUCAUUGACAUUGACUGAAAACAUAAUUCUAUUGAGAAACUGAUGUUUUUCUCAAAUUAGAAAAAACCUAGAACCAUAGUAAAUUUAAAACUUGAGAAAAUUAUAAGCAUUUAAUAUCCCUGUAAGAUUAUUGCAAAAUUUUAUUAAAGACCCAUAGGUCAGAUGAACUAAAAUUUAUUUCUGUGUUAUCGUCAUCAAGUCGGGAGUAAAAAUCUUAAUUUUAUAUCAGGACUCAACUGAUUUAUCUUAAGCAUAGUUAACUGCUCAGCCUUAUCCAUUCCAAUAGGAUUAGAUUAUAUUAUAUUGGGGCUUCAAAAGGAUUGCUGCCUGGUCGUGCGGUUUGCAUGCUGGACUGUCGUUCGGAUUUAUCGAUGGUCCCGCUCCUAUCCCCCGUCGUCUUGCAGGAGGUUUGGACUAGGAAGUAAACUAUCUUCAACUCUGAAGGAACAUCCAAAACAUGUAAAACAUUUUUUACAAAAGGGAGUUAUCAUUCGUUCAAAGCCUUUUUGUCAGGCAUGGUCACUUUUGAUAGUUUACUAAAGUUUGGGACUAUUGAUUGACUACCUAUGUUUGUUAUUAUCUGGUGGUCGCUUGUCUCACAUUUUGCUAACAGUGUAAUAGGAGUGAAUAUUUUAUUCAAUAAUUUAUUUUUAAUACAGCACUUUCUUGAACUUGCUUUGGUGAUAGUAAUUCGAAAAUCACAAAUAUAGACUUUUAAAACUUUGACAUUGAUUUGAACUGAAUAUUAUUGAUAGUUUGAUGACACUAAGAAAGAGAAAUGCAUAACAUGACAACACAGGACAUUGGGGAAAGUGAAUUUAUUGAACAAAUAUGUGUUGGAAAUCCAAACUUUUGAUAACUUUUAUAAUAUGUGAUGUUUAAAAAUGUUUCUGUUAUAUAUUUGCUGCAUAUAUAUAUUUAUUGAACUGUUUUUAUAAUUGUACAUUUUUAAUCUUACCUCUUUUUACAUUAAUGAGCAAUAAAUUUAUUUAAUUUCUUA